CCGGAUGAUCUGAGACUGCGCAGAUCGCUUCUGCCUCGCUGCAGUCAUGUCGGAGUUCGGGCCUUCGGGCCUGCUGGCGGUUCUGUUGCUCUUCACCGCUCUCACGCUGCGGGACGUUUACGUCGGGAGGUCCAAGCACCAGCCGGCCGACGGGCCAAGCGUCUUACCGAACACAGGACCCGGAGAACACGCCAGGGCCUCCGCGUACACGGGGCCCGUACUGAGGUUCCGGUACUGCAUCUCCUGAGGGUACAACAAAGUCUUCCAGGAGUACUCCCAGGCCAUCAGCCAGGUGUACCCGGACAUCCGUAUCCAGGGAGACAACUACCCCCCAACCCCCAUCAACAGGGUUCUUGGUAACCUGAUCUCCUACCUGAAGCUGCUCUCCAUCCUCCUCGUCAUCACUGGUCAAAACCCUUUUGGUUUCAUUGGACUUGACACCCCCGGCGUCUGGACCUGGAGUCAGGACAACAAGAUAUUCUCCUGCCUGAUGGUCUUCUUCCUCUGUAACAUGAUGGAGACCCACUUCCUGUCCACCGGAGCCUUUGAGGUGUCUCUGAAUGACGUUCCUGUGUGGUCCAAGCUGCAGUCCGGCUAUGUGCCCAACAUCCAGGAGAUGUUCCAGAUCCUCGACACCCACCUGAAGAUGAACCAGGCUCAGCACACCGGCUUCUCCACCACUUAGAGCUCCGCCCACAGCCAUGCUGCAUUCAGGUGUCCUGGUUCAGGAGGACAUUUGGUCUGUGGCGUUCAUGAAGGUCCGGCCCUAAAGCAGACACUGAGGGGUCUCUCCUGAUGUUCUCCUCGCCACAAAGACUCUUCUUCUGCACCAGCUCACUGCAUGCACUGCAGUACCCACAAUGCACCGGUGUGCCGUUCACGGCUUGCCCACCGUUUCUCUGUGGAGACAUGGAGCGCCUUCGUAUCAGGGUGGGGGAGGGGUGUUCUCUAGCAUCAGGACGCAAACAGGAUAUGAUGCUGCUGCACUUCCUGUCUCGUGAUCCUCUGAGCUGCUGGUCCAGCGCUGUUUUUCUAAAGCUGUCCUUUAGAAUGGCGUCACUUCUCGCUUUAGACCUUCACGCAGACCAAGAACAUCUGGAAUCAUUUCCCUCAGACUUCUCCUUCAGCUCAUAGAAACCAGUAAUGGUGCAUCCAGGCUCUCAUGGGGUUCAGGAUCCCGGCCCGACUCCUCCAGCUGACCUUAACCUUCACGGGCUGAUGGUCAGACCCGGGUCCAGACCUUUUCCAGGUCUGAGUCUGGAAGCACAGAACCCGUUCCAGAGAGUAGUUCUGGAUCAGGACUGUGGCCCUGCAGUAUCAGUUCUGCAUGUCAGCGCCACCAUCAGCUCUCAGAGUCUGAGCAGGAAGAUGGUUUCAUGUAAACCAGUAGAUGAGUUCCUUCUUCUCAGUGUCGCUGCCACACAGUCGCUGUUUGAGGAUGGAGCUUCUCUACUGGUUUUAAUAGAAAUGAUUUAAUUUAAUAUAACAUGUCAAAAUGAUGAAUCUGGUGUGAUAUUACAGACACUGAUCACCAUGAAUUGAUCAGUGUGUGAGUUCUGGGUAUUGAUCCAUGAAUAAAGUCUUACUGAAAGAGCA